AUGCAUCUUCCAUAUCCCAAGAGGAAAUCCUCAAAUGCCCAACCCUUCCUUCCGCGCGGCAGCAAUUCCUCCCGCUAUGGGGUCGGCUUCUCGAUACCACGGCGAUACCGAUCGCAAGCCCUCGCUGUAGCAACACUCGUGCUUAUCGGCCUCAUAUGGCUCCUUACACGUGGCGGCAGCUCUCAUCAUAGCUCCAAGGGCGGCAGCACUGGGACGGCUAACCACGUUCCUUCUGGAAAGCCACCCGCGGUCAUCGUGACAGUCCUGGACGAGGGGAGGUUUGGCGAGAGGUACACAGAGCUGCUGAAAGAAAACAGGAGGCUCUACGCGGAAAAGCAUGGCUAUGCAACGUUCUUCCCGAAAGUUGGUGACUACGAGCUUCAAAAGGCGCCUGCCUCCUGGACCAAGGUCGUUGCGAUGCGCCACGCUCUCACCCAGUUCCCUGACGCCACUUACUUCUGGUACGUCGACAUCGACACGUUCAUCAUGAACCCGGCCCUCACGAUCGAGCACGACAUCAUGGCGGCCGCGAACCUCGAGAGCAAGAUGAUAGUAGACUACCCCGUCGUGCCGCCCGACAGCAUUAUCCACACCUUCAGCCACCUCAAGGCCGAGGAUGUGCACUUCGUCGUGACGCAGGACAAGGACGGCCUGGCCACGAACAGCUGGCUGGUACGCAACUCGGAGUGGUCGCGGUUCUUCCUCGACACAUGGUUCGACCCGACGUACAGGAGCUACAACUUCCAGAAGGCAGAGACACAUGCCCUGGAACACAUUGUGCAGUGGCACCCAACGAUUCUCUCGAACUUGGCCCUCGUGCCUCAGCGCUACAUCAACUCAUACGACAAGUCAGAAAAGGGCCAGGAAUACUCCACAGGCGACCUGUCCGUCCGCUUUGCGAAAUGCGCCAAAUCGGUUAAGAAACCGACUUGCGAGACCGACGCUGAGCCGUACGCAUCCGUCUGGAGAUCGGCUUACAGAACCCAAUGA